CACCUACACCCUGUCUGCCCGACCCUCGACUGUCGAGCAGCAGUCAUGUUCUCUCCUUCGCUGGGUCGUGUGGCCCGCGCGACCGUAGCCCUCCCCUCGUCCUCGUGCGCCAUCAGCUCCCGCCCCGCGGCCGCCUUGACCUCCGCAAACUACCUGCUUACGCGCCGCACCCAGCAGAGGCGCAACUCGAGCACCUCAUGCCCUCCGGAUAACUCGAAGCCCUCGGGCGCGUCCCAUGGUAAUGCCUCCAAGGAGUCUGGGAAGAAGGCCGCUACUCGCUCAAGGAGCAAAAAGAAUGCUACGCCUCAAGUCAACCCGCCGAGCGUUCCUCCGACCAACCACCUCCAAGAUACCGACGUCGCCCUUUCCUCCUUCUUCUCCGUCCACCGCCCCAUCUCCGUCACCACACCGAUACCCGUUUCUUCCUCGGAAGCGACUUUCAACUCGCUAUUUGACGUCUACACGCAGAGCAAGCCGAACAAGUAUGCGGACGUCAUCCAAACGCUGGGUAAUGCCACGAGGGGGAUUGAGGGCCGUGCUCAGGCCAUGGAGGAGGCCGAUCUGCGGGCGGAGAUCCUGCAGAACCAGCAGGGCAGCGCGCCCUCCAACCGUACACUUUCACUGCAAGAAGUUCUCUCGCACCUGCCGCCCUUCAAGGCCCCUCCGCCGCCGGUGCCCAGCAGCUUGAUGCAGCCCGCAAAGCCCCAGGCUGUCAAAGCCCCGCAGGAGGCGCAGCAGAAGACCAUCGUGCAGAAGCCGACGAAGAAAGUCUGGCGCUCCACUCUAACUCUCACUGAGUUGACCGACGAGACUGGCCACUCGACCUUCUCUGCGGCCACCACGCCCAUGGUGCGCCUGCCCACCCGCGGCUCCGACGCCAUCGAGAAUCCUGCGGAGGAGAUCACGAUCCACCAGCCCUUCCUCGAGCGCAUGGAGAUACGCGAGCAGGAGUGGAGGAAGUACCUCGACGAACGUGCACAGAACAAGGGCAAGACCAUGCACGCCAUCAGUGUCAAGAGACAGAGGAAGCUGAAGAUGAAGAAGCACAAGUAUAAGAAGCUGUUGAAGAGGACGAGGAACGAGCGUCGUAGGUUGGGUCAGCUUUAAGUGAGGAUAUUCUUAUUCUCUGUAUCCAAACCCACGCCUCUGUUUAUCCAUCUCUUUUUGCAUCUCCAGGCCCUGUUGGCCAUGACGGCGCAGCGCCUAUCUAGGCUCGCCGUCUGUCUCUUUUUGGAUUGUUGGCGUCUGCAUACGUAGAACAAGUACUCUGUAUUCUCGCACUGCAUAUCGGACUGAUAGGAAUGAAAUGGUUUUUGAACAACAGG